AUGAGUCACUAUUUAGUGUCUAAGUCUUUAAUUUUAAAUGUUGAUAAAUAAUAUUACAGAGACAAUUUUACAGCAUCCAACUACCACAGAUUAUUGAUAAAGAUAUUUAUACUCUGACCUGAGAGUUUAUGGAAAGUAAAGAAGUAUAUACCCUGGAUACAUGCUUGCAGUGUGAAUUUUCUGGGUAAUGGAGAGAGGGGAAUUCCCCAAAACCUGACAUGGUAUACCUGCACCCCCCCCACCCCCAAUGCCCAUUUUAGUCUACCUGAAGCUGAAAAUAAGGUAUAGUAGAAGAAAAACUGAGGACCAGCAAUAAACUAAAACAAUCUGGGAUGCCCAGGGUAAGGGGUCCAUCCUGAGCUACCUCUUUACCGUUUUUAGAGAAAAGUCAUUUCCAAACCAGAGCUACACAUGAAAGUUCCCAUCAAGUUUUUUUGACAGGGGCGUACUUGAGCUGUCCGCAAUGGCGGGCACAGGUUCAGUGGCCGGAGAGGUUGUGGUGGAUGCGCUGCCGUACUUCGAUCAAGGUUAUGAGGCGCCUGGAGUGCGGGAAGCGGCUGCGGCGCUGGUGGAGGAGGAGACUCGCAGAUACCGACCUACUAAGAACUACCUGAGCUACCUGACCGCCCCAGACUACUCUGCUUUUGAAACUGACAUAAUGAGAAAUGAAUUUGAAAGACUGGCUGCUCGACAACCAAUUGAAUUGCUCAGUAUGAAACGAUAUGAACUUCCAGCCCCUUCCUCAGGUCAGAAAAAUGACAUUACUGCAUGGCAAGAAUGUGUAAACAACUCUAUGGCUCAGUUAGAGCAUCAGGCAGUUCGAAUUGAGAAUCUGGAACUAAUGUCACAGCAUGGAUGUAAUGCCUGGAAAGUAUAUAAUGAAAAUCUAAUUCAUAUGAUUGAACAUGCACAGAAAGAACUUCAGAAGUUAAGCUGGGUAUCUCUGGUCAGUAAGAAUUAUGAGAUUGAAUGGACUAUUGUGCAACUGGAAAAUGAAAUCUAUCAAAUUAAGCAGCAACACGGAGAGGCAAACAAAGAAAACAUUCGGCAAGACUUCUGAAAAGGGCUGGUGGUGUGACUCACGUGGUAGAGCUUUUGGCUAGCAAGCGCAAGGUCCUGAGUUCAAACCCCAGUACUCUCACACACACACAAAAGACUUCUGAAAAGACUAAUUUGGUGGGUAGAAAGGAAGAAAAGUUGAGCUUUCACAAAAUAUCAGGCAUCUGAACUAUGAAGGACAACAGCCUGUCACAGAAACCAUUGAUGGUGAGAUGUUUAGAAACCACAGAACAUGUGUACCAUUGUAUUAAUUCUAUUUGUAUUUCUUAGCAAAAUAAAGAUUUUCAACUUGGUGGUAAAAAAAAAAAAAAAGUUUUUUGACAGUACUGGAGUUUGAACUCAGGGCUUCACACCUGCUAGGCAGGUGCUUUCCUGCUUGAGGCAGGUCUCCAGACCUCAACUUUUUAUCUGUAAGUAUCCAACCUUUAUGUGCAGGAAAGAAAAGCAGUUGUAUACUCCUUGCCACUAUUUCCAGAGAGGAUUUCUGAUAUACAUUAUCUAACUCAUUUUAAUAUCAGUCCACAUACUAAAACACAUUUUAAUAAUGU